CAGUGUAUCUUUACCUGCAGCGCUCAAUGGUAUUUAGUACCAUUUUCUUCCUCGUCGUAGUUUGUUAUUUUUGUCCCCAGCCAUGGCCGCUCCUCCAGCCCUCUUUCCUGCGUUGCUCUUGGUCUUGUCGGUCGUUUGUCUUGCUGCAUGCGAGGUCAUCUUCCAAGAGCGUUUCGAUGACGGUUGGGAGAGUCGCUGGAUUCAAUCAAACUGGAAGAAAAGUCAAGGCCUUAAUGGAAACUUUGUGCACACUCCUGGCAAGUGGUAUGGAGACGAAAAUGACAAAGGAAUUCAAACAUCAACUGACUCGCGAUAUUAUGCUAUCUCUGCACAAAUUCCUGAGUUCAACAACAAGGGCAAGACGCUAGUACUCCAAUACCAAGUCAAACACGAACAAAACAUCGAAUGUGGGGGUGGCUACGUGAAGUUAAUGAGUGGUCAGGUGGACCAAAAGACUUUUGGUGGUGACACUCCUUACAGUAUCAUGUUUGGACCUGAUAUUUGUGGUUCUCAAACCAAAAAAAUCCAUGCCAUCAUCUUGUACAAGAGUAAAAACCAUCAAAUGAAAAAGACAGUGGAGUGCGAGACUGACAAGCUCUCCCACGUGUAUACAUUUAUCAUCCGACCGGACGCUACUUACAGUAUUUUGGUUGAUAACAAAGAGAAGGAAUCUGGUAGCUUGUACAAAGAUUGGGACUUGUUGCCACCCCGAAAGAUUAAAGACCUCAGUGCUAAGAAGCCGGAAGACUGGGAUGACAACGAAUUCAUUCCAGACCCCGAGGACCAUAAACCCGAGGGGUAUGACUCAAUACCAAAGGAAAUCCCAGAUCUUGAUGCUAAGAAGCCAGAAGAGUGGGAUGAUGAAAGUGACGGAGAAUGGGAAGCUCCAUUAAUUCCAAACCCAGAAUUCAAAGGGCCGUGGACGCCAAAGGAAAUUAAGAACCCUAAUUACAACGGCAAAUGGAAGGCUCCACUUAUUAGUAACCCAGAAUUCGAAGAGGAUCCUGAUCUGUAUGUUUUGCCUCCAUUAAAGUAUUUCGGUAUGGAGCUAUGGCAGGUAAAGGCAGGGUCGGUUUUUGACAACAUUCUAGUAACAGACGAUCCAGAGUAUGCCAAAAAGUUUGCUGAGGAGACUUGGGGAAAUAUCAAGGAAGGUGAGAAGGAAAUGUUUGACGAGCUCGAGAACAAGAACCGCGAAGAACAGAAGAUCGACGACAAUGAUCCGAAUGAAGAAAAGGACGAUUAUGACGAGGAUGACGAUGAUGAUGAUCAUGAUGAACUUUGAAUUCAUAGCGGUUCGCCAAAUGAGUGAAUAUGGAGCAGUAAGCUGAUCUAUCGAGAAGAGAAUUUAGUACAUGUGCGGAUACGUCCCAUUUGUGGAUGGUGUUGCAGUUUUUCUCUGGCUAAUUCUCCAGCGAUCGUUUAGACAUGUUCCUCCCAAUUCGAUUACUUUGGUUGUGUUGUGCCAUGCUAACCUGGUCGCAUGCUAUGGGCGGUUUGUUUGGCCUUUUUUGGUUACCUCUCUGCUCAGCAUCAGCUGGUAGCAAUGAGUUUGUCA